GUUGAAAUCAAACGUGCAGAACCACGAGAUUCGUCUAGCAAAAUGAAUGAUAGUCACCAAGGCCAGUGGGGACCACCUCAACAGGGUGGCCCUCCGAUGGGUAUGGCUGGGAAUAUGGGACCUAUGGGUGGUCCGAACGGGCAGAUGGGUGGACCUAUGAUGGGGGGACCGAUGGGUCCACCAGGAAAUAUGAUGCAGCAGUAUCAGGGUUGGGGAACCAGUCCUCAGACUGGAGGAUAUGCUGCUGGGUACACUACUCAAUACAACUCUCAGGGUUGGGGUGCACCUCCCGGCCCUCCUCAACAGCAACAAAUUCCGCCACCACCACAUCAUCAGUGGGGUAGCAGUUACAAUGUCCAGCCCGCAGCAGCUACUCAAGGUUACGGAAGUUACGGUGAGUGUUUUUAGACAAACUAUAAUAUUUUAUUUUUUU